GGACAAUCUGCGGCAUGCUGGGCAGUGUCCACACAUAUCCCUAUCUAAAUACGCUUUUGAUUCUAACUUACUCUUAUCAAUAACCAAUUGUCGAAUGGCUCAGACUCGGGAACAACUGAUACCAUCAAGACGCAGUAGACGUGACGCUAGGGACUCGCUCGCAUAAAAAAAAAGUUAGAUCCGCGCAGAAAGACCUCGUAUGAGGACAGUCGACAUGUCUUUGCUAAGCUUCUUCGUGUUCUACGACUGGCUGUUUUUAGCCGUCGCCUUUGGAGUUAUUCUAUACCUCCGAGCAGCCCGCCACCGCAACUAUUGGAGAGACCAGAAUGUUCCACACGAGAAGUUUUCCCUCUUCUUUGGUCAUCAGAUGAAGCAACUGUUCAAGCCGAUUCAGGAUGUUGACCAAGAACUCUGCAACAAGUAUGGGCGCCUAUUCGGGUCCUUCGAAGAUGGGAAGCCGGUACUCUACGUCGCUGAACCUGACCUCCUCAAGUUGAUUCUGGUUAAGGAUGCUGGGCUGACUCAGAGGAAGUUUGCUCAGUUCGAUGACCCAGUCUUGGCUAAUCUAUUGGUGAAUGUUGAAUAUGACCAGUGGAGAAAGCUUCGUUCAGCAACGUCACCUGCUUUUACAUCAGGAAAACUGCGAAAAAUGCAAGAUAUCAUCAGUAGCUGUGCUACAGUCGCAUCGGAGCGUCUGAAAAAGGCCGCGGCUGCGUCAGAAGACGUCGACAUGAAAGGGUUCUAUGGCCACUUUGCCCUGGACGCCGUCGCAAGCUGCUCCUUCGGUGCUAAGCUAUCUCCUAAUUCUCCAGAAGAGGAAUCAUUCAUCAGGAGCGCACGAAACGCAUUCUUUGCGGAAGUAACACCGUCUGUUAUGCUAAGUGCAUUCCUUCAGAAACUCGGCGAUACGUUCCGCAAGCGUGUCUUCAACGUAAAAGCAUUCGAAUUCUACAAGAAUGCAACAGUAGAUAUCAUCAAGAAGCGUGAAGCAAGCAAAAUUCGGCAUGAAGACUUCCUGCAAAUGAUGAUGAACGCCAAAGAAGUCGCAAAACAAAAUGCUGCGUCUGAGGAUAAAGAUAUUUCGGGCUCCGAGUUCGAAGGUUCCGCACAGAAGCCUCAGGAUGUUAAAAACCUGACUGAAGAAGAGGCGUUGGCGCAGUGCGUCUUAUUCUUCCUGGCUGGUCAGGACACAGCCUCAACCACAUCGUCGUUCGCUUCUUACCUGCUGGCAAUCAAUCCGCACGUACAGGAAAAAUUACAAGCCGAAGUCGACGAUUGUUUUCGGAAACACGGCAGCUCGCCGUCAUACGAUGAGAUUUCAAAACUUUCAUACUUGGACUGUGUGGUGAAGGAAACAUUGCGAAUCAUGACGCCCAGCCCAAGGAUCGACAGAGAAUUUCAUCAGGAUUACGUGCUCGGCGAAACCGGAAUCAAGCUUUCCAAGGACUGCACCAUAAUGAUACCGAUACAAUCAAUUCAUAACGAUCCAGAGUUCUUCCCAGAGCCGGAGGUGUUCAACCCUGACAGGUUCAACGAGGAAAAUAUCAGCUCUAUCCGUCCUUACACUUUCCUGCCGUUUGGUGCCGGUCCACGAAACUGCGUCGGAUCGAGGUUUGCAUUGCAGCUUGUCAAGACUUGCCUUCUCCACGCCGUCCACAACGUACAGUUUGUCAAGUGCUCCAAAACAAAGGUUCCUCUCGAGUACCUACCAGGAUAUGGUAUUUUGCAAGCCAAGGACCUGGUCAUAGGCAUAAGAGAAAGGAGCAGCUAGUCGGCGCCACUUACUGCACUUGCAUGAUGGGUCAGGGAACGAAGAGAGGCAGUGCGUUGUUGCCAUAUCAAGUGUCACACUCUGCUUACGCGGGGUGCACCUACCCAACUGACCUCUUGUGGAUGCAUGCUCUAUGUUCUAACGCUAGAAGCAAAUAUCACGCUUCACCAACUCCUUAUAGAUUAAAUGACUCCAACUGGAAAAAGUAUACAAAUCAUAGCAUAAUUAUGCCGCGGUAUGCAUUUGCGCCAAACACAAAAGAAGUAUUCGCAAUGAUUUUAGCUAGGCUGGUAUACUGGCGUCUCGGUGUUCCGAAAGGUCGUAAAUAGAGAAAACCCGAGAACACGGCGCGAGGUUUUUUGCCGGGAGAUAGCAACAGCACUCUCGUCGCGCCUGACUCGUUUUAUCGAUGGCCAAGUGGACGGGCGAACGUGGUUUUAAAGACAACGUCUUUAUUAGCGAGUAACUCCCACUUUCCCGGCGACUUCUCCGUUCGCCGGUCGUCAUGCUACCAUUGAACUCCAACAACUGGUAAUAGCCUGUAAGAUAUUGGGAAUAAAUGCAUUUGGCCUCACGUC